CGCGCCGCCGAGUCGCCCUCUCUCGCUCGGCCGGUCGGCGGGAGGUUUAAAAGCUGCAUCCAUUCGCUCUGCUCAAGCCUUAAAUUUUAAUGUGCGGCAAAGGAAGAGAAGACGUAGGGUUGACCUCGGGUGAGGACCAGCUCCCCGAAAUUGCAACCAAAAUGGCAGAUAAUGGGGGAUCUUCCUCAUCUUGUUACGAGCCCUGUUUGGAUACCCCAGCUGUUUUAAAGUAAAAAAUUUUGCAGUUAUUUAUCUUGUGGAUAUUACAGAAGUACCUGACUUCAACAAGAUGUAUGAGCUGUAUGAUCCGUGCACGGUCAUGUUUUUCUUCAGGAACAAGCACAUCAUGAUCGAUCUGGGCACCGGCAACAACAACAAGAUCAACUGGGCCAUGGAGGACAAGCAGGAGAUGAUCGACAUCAUUGAGACCGUGUACCGGGGCGCCCGCAAAGGCCGGGGCCUGGUCGUGUCCCCGAAGGACUACUCCACCAAGUACCGAUACUGAGCCCGUCACUGGUGCAGGGGGUGGGUUUGCGGGCAUCACUUUCACCUGGAGAUGCUGUGGACUCUGAGGCCUUGAGUCUGGGGAAGGACGGAAGGCUGCUCAGACUCACUCGGAGUUGGCCCUGCUGCUGGACUUUUAUAUUUUCAAGUAUCUGUAAAUAUCUAGCUGAAGUGAACAAAUACACGAGGAUGGGGACGUC